UCAUAUUUUUUUCUGAAAACAUCCUAGAACCAAUAAAUGAAAUUGUUGUGGCCUAAGAAUGGGUUUACGACUUUGGCGGUUGCCAGACUGUGGCAGACAGAAGUAUGCGUUCGUGGGACACUUGCCAAGUGCACUGAUAUCGCAGGUUGGACUGCGUGUCACAGCGCGUGAUUUUCACUAGUAUGUUCCUUUGAUCUAAGAUUUUGAUCUAAGAGAUAUAACGUUAAUUGAACAUAAAAAUCACAGACUACGUACAAGGACGUAAUCUUUCACUGCUGAAAGCUAUUACGGUUUCAUAAGAAAUCUACAUAAGAAACAUAAGAAAAUUGUUUACUGUGAUUGUAAUUUUGUCACUCUUACAGACAUAAUGAUUUACAACAGCUUAGAUUUAGGAUAGGAAAAGCGCGUAACAAAGUACUUAACAUAUAGCUACUACCUGAUACGGGGAAAAUAAGUGUACAAAAAAUACAAAAAAAUUUAACAUGAAAAUGCCUCCAGAACAAUUAAUUCAGCGGCCGUGAAACAACUCCCGACCAAAAUUGUAGUCAUAUCACGGCUUAAAUAAAUAUCGUUCCUCAAAUAUGCAACAGUUAAUUUGUAAGUAUUUGUAGGGCGUUUUUCUUUGCGAAUGCUGACUGACUUUCUAUCACAUCCCAUGUCUUGUGUAUAGCAGUGUGCAGAUGAUAUGUGUUCUCUCGCCUGCCGUCCUGGGGGCGGGGGUGGGCAGGGCGUCGCCUGCUGGUGGUUUGAGAUGAGGCGACGCGCAAUGACAUGGCUCAGUUUUGGCGGGAACACUCCACCAAGGCGUCCCUGGAAGAGAUGAUGUUGGACGACAACGCCAAGGAGCUGUCCAAAGUUGAACUGCCUGAAAUCCUGUCCCUCUUGCCCGGGAUCGAAGGCAAAACCAUCCUGGAGCUUGGCGCAGGCAUAGGGCGUUACACGGCUCCCCUUGCGCAGAAGGCCAAGCAUGUGACGGCCGUGGACUUCAUGGAAUCGUUCAUCCGUAAGAACGAGGAAGUCAACGGACACCACCAGAACGUCCGCUUCAUGCAAGCCGACGUCACCAAGCUCGACAUGCCACCAAAGAGCUUUGACAUGGUGUUCUCCAACUGGCUCAUGAUGUACCUGAGCGAUGAAGAAGUGCAGGGUCUGGCCGAGAAGGUGCUCACCUGGCUGAAGGACGACGGCAUCUUCUUCUUCCGAGAGUCCUGCUUCCACCAAUCAGGAAAUCAUCGGCGAUCCUUCAACCCGACGAACUACCGCAGGCCAUCCGACUACGACUCCCUCAUCCAGUCUGCAGGCAUCCCCAUCUCAGGCGAGAACGGCGGGGCCAUGCACUUCGGCUUCGAGAUCGAGCUGGCCAAAUCCGUGGAGACGUACAUCAAGGCAAAGAAAAACGUGAACCAGUUCUGUUGGGUCAUCAAGAAGCGUCGACUGCAGGGCAUGGCUCACAACGGCUACAAGACCUUCCAGCAGUUCCUGGAUGCCCAGCAGUACACGAGGAACGGGAUCUUACGCUACGAGAAGAUCUUCGGGUACGGAUACGUCAGUACCGGCGGACCAGAAACUACAGAGGAGUUUGUAGCCAGGUUGGACCUACUACCAGACCAACAUGUUUUGGAUGUAGGCUGUGGGAUUGGAGGAGGUGAUUUCUACAUGGCAAAGAAAUUUGGAGCAGUUGUAACUGCCAUGGACCUGUCCACCAACAUGAUAGAGAUUGCCACAGAAAGGGCCAGUAAAGAAAAUAUCACCAAGGUUCGGUUUGAGAUCAGUGACUGUACGAAGCGAGAAUACCCAGCUGAGUCGUUUGACGUCGUCUACAGUAGAGACACCAUUUUACAUGUCAAGGACAAGCUGCCACUCUUCAAGAACUUCUUGACAUGGCUGAAACCAGGAGGCAAGCUACUCAUCUCCGACUACUGUUGUGGAGACAAGGAGUGGUCCGAUGUGUUCAAGAAGUAUGUAGCACAGAGGGGGUACACUCUGUACAGUCCAGCCAAGUAUGGCAAGCUUUUAGAAGAGGCUGGUUUCAUAAAUGUCCAGGCAGAGGAUCGCACACAACAGUUCAUGGACAUCCUAAACAGGGAGGUGGCCAGAACAGAGGCCAACAAGGAGGAGUUCAUCAAGGAGUUUUCUGAGGAGGACUUCAGGUACAUUGUAGAUGGCUGGAAAGAGAAGCUCCACCGCUGUGAGCUGGGAGAUCAGAAAUGGGGGCUCUUCUACGCAGAAAAGGCCAAGUAAAGACCCUGGCUUCCAUGAGAACAUGAAAAAAGUCCUGAGUCUAUAAGAAUUUGUUUGGAUCUACACACAGUUUAGUUGAAUUUUGUUAUGUACUAUUGUUUGUUAAUCACAAAUAUAAGGCCAGUUUAUACAUGGUAAGAUCUGUUUAGUGUAGACAAGGAUUUUUCUCUGAGAGACCCAGAUUGGUUAGAAUAAAUGUUACGGUAAGAGAUAAAGGAUUAGAUGGAAAUAAUUAUGAUUUCAGUUAUUGAGUAUUUUUGCAGAUUUAUGACAGUGACACGUAAAAAAGAUGCACAUAAAUCAGGAAUAUGGUAUGUGUAUUUCAGUGCAGUAUUUGUAUCCCACAUUCAUUCUAAUAUUGUCUGAAUAUUGCAGAACUGUAGAAUGUUUGGAUUGUUGGUCAAAUAUGAGCCGUUUAUUGUAUGAAAGAAAUGAUAGGUGCCUUAUGGAUCAAGAUAUUUCAGUACUAGUAUUGUUAGAUUAAAAAGUGUGGUAAAAAGAAGCCAUCUCGAACAAAUAAUGUUGUCCUGCACUUCUUGAUCGGGAUGUUAGAGGGCGCUGUGGAACAGUGCAUAUUACAGCAAGGACACAGCAGUGUAAUAGCCAGUAUGCAAGUUUCAUACGUGUGUAAUCACCAAAUGGUGUAAAAUAUGUUAACCUGCCCGUGGCUAGAGUAAUGGCAAAAAUGUGAAUUACUAGUAGUUUGAAACUAUGAUUGAAUCAGAAAAAGAAAUAGUCAUGUUGUGAAUAUAUAUCAAAGGUAAAACAUGUGGUUAGGUUUUCAGAACCUGUGCUAUGGAUCCUUUCUUGGAGAAAUUAUACGACUCCUUAAAAGAUAUGUUACAUGAGGUUAUAUAUACAUAUAUAUGUGGUCAUCAUCAUAAUGCUUUGUUAAACUUUGCUUGAAGCACAAAAAUGUGAGUCAGAUACAAUCCCAUUUAUGUAUCGUUUUCCAAAAGAAGAAUACACUAACUACGUCGGUGCAUCGAAUUAAACACACACUGUAUCAUUCCAUAUACCUGUUUUAUUCCAUUUGUAGUCAGGUGUAGUCCCAAUUUUGUUCUGGUAAAUUUGAGUGUUAUUUUCAGUUCCUCUGAUGAUACGCACAAACACACAUG